GGGAGAGAAAGACCUUUUUUACAAAGGGACGGCAUAACUCCAAAAAUGAAAAGAAACAGAAAUUGGUGAAGAUUUCUGUUGGAGUAAUGAGGAGGAUGGAUGGCUGCCUUAAACCUGUGAGAGGGAGGUCACUUCCCCUUGAUGUUGAACCUCAAUGGGCAUGUGAAGAACUGUUGGCUGCUGCCAUAAAAAAGCAGAAAGCCUUUAACCAGGACUUCGAAGAUGGUGCCCAUGUCUUGUUGUACCCUGAUGCGAGGGUGAUAACAAAUAUCCCCGGAACGGACACCCCUUUCACAGUACAGAUGUACAAAGAGGCCAUUGGAAAGCCCUACCAACGAAUUACGUUGUACAUCUGUACUCUUGAAGCCGUUGAAAACAGUUGUUACACUGGAACAACCUCUUCAAGUGACGAGGACAGUGUGGUUGUUGCAAAGUUGCCAUCUGGAGACAGUCUUGCUGACACCGUGGUGUGGGACUUUCCAAAUGAACAGAGCACUCCCAGAAUGGACAACAGUUUGCCAGGACCUCUCAGGCACCCACAACCAGCGUCUGAUCGGGAUGGAGCACCAACCCCAUUCCAGGAAGAGGUCCAGUCUGCCCCGGGUCAGAACACCUUCUAUAGCAACUACACAAAUGUGUAUGCACCGAUCAUUAUCGACAGCCAGUCUGAGCCAGAAGAGGAAACGGAGCAAACUGCAGAGGAAAGCACAGAAUACCUGACUGCGCCAGACGUUGUUGCAGAACUCUCUGCAAAAAUAAAAAAUACCUCUUGCAGCAGGUUUAAUAUUAACCGAUCCAAUGUGUGGGAUGGAGCAAUCCGCGGCUUCAAACGGGCCUCAUUCGACCCCUCUCAUCAGAUGCAGGUUAAGUUUACUGAUGAUGAGGGACAAACUGAGGAUGGAGUGGACACUGGUGGUCCCAAGCGGGAGUUCCUGACCCUCCUUAUGGAAUGCCUGAGAAUGAGAAGAAUAUUUGAUGGUCCACAGGACAGGAAAUUCCUCACGUUCGACAAUGCAGCUGCAAAAGAUGACGAAUACUUUCAUGCUGGGAGGAUGAUUGCAACUUCUAUAGUUCAUGGUGGUCCAGGCCCCCGCUUCCUGUCAGAGACGCUCUACCAGCACCUCACUGGAAUGAAAAACACCAACAUUGAAGCCAUCAUUGAAGACAUUACUGAUGACACUAUGAGAGCUUCUCUGCUUGAGAUAUCCAGCGCAGCUACACUGGAGGAACUACAUGCAUCAAUCCACAGAAAUUCCAGCUUGUUGCAGACUGCAGGUUGCUUGCAGUACCCUGAUGGUGUGGAUGGCAAAAACGCAAUCAUAAAGGAUUUCAUGCAGUGGUACAUCAUUUACCGCAACCAUUUUGCCAUACAAAGAUUCAAAGACGGACUUGAAGCCUUGGAUGUGAUUCAUGCUUUGGAGCAGCAUGCAAGUGUUUUCAGAGCUUUUAUGUGCUCAAGUGUGGUAGAGCUGACUUCUGCCACAUUGGAGGAAGUCUUUGAGGUUCAGCACAACAGCGAAAAAGGAAGCUCAAGACGCCAUGAGGAAACCAGCGUGCUGGGAUUUUGGAGAGACUAUCUCCUUGAAAAAGAAGAAAAACGAACAGGACUCCUCCUCAGUGACAUCCUGAUGUUCUCAACAGGAUUAAACACCCUGCCACCAUCUGGAAUCCAGCCGAGACCCCAAUUGGUUUUUCACCGGACAUCUCGCUUUCCAAUCGGCAGAACCUGCUCAAACACAAUCGAAAUACCAAUGUCAAGCACCUACGAACAGUUUGAAAGUAACAUGGACUUUGGAAUCCAAAAUUCGCCUGGUUUUGGACUUUAUUGAAAGCUGGGCUUACAAUUUACAAAUUAGCCAUGUUCUUCAUAUUUAUAUAGUUC